UAAUAAUAUAUUUAGAGUAAAUAGUUGCCUUUUGGCUUUCUAGUAGACAAAUUGUUACACAGUUAAAUCUAAUAAAUGCUCUUAACUCAGCUGAUUUGUUGUGAUUCAGAUUAAGCUCUUUUCUUACUCAUUCCUAAUAAUUGUCCAAGCUAAGUUACAUUAAAACUCCACAUUGUAAAAAAUCUAAUGUUGCUUUUGUGCUUUUCAUCCUGUGACACCCUUUUUGAACGAAAUGUGUUUUACUUCUCCUUUUCAAAACCUACUUCCUCAUGUUUAUUUUUUUCCAUUGCAACAUACAGUGUUUCAGUUGAAGCUCAUUUUCCAUCAAGUCAGCGUGGAUAGAACAGUGUGAACAUAUUUGUGGUUUAUUUCCUCAAAUGGUUGUACGGACUCAGCAUAUAGGUUACCGGUAUUUAACCGUUGAAGGAGGUUCGUCAACAACGAUCAUUGAGCCUGUGAGAUGGAAGAGGCUUACACUGAACUGUACCAGCAGUUCCUCCGACUGAGGUCACUUUGCCUGAAGCAGGCAGCUCUGUUGAAUCAACUUACAACAGCCCUGCAGAAACAAAAAGAUAUCAACGUUCUUAAUAAUGAUUUGAGUCACCUGACGUCAAUCCCUGUCCAAUGUACACAAGAACUUCCUGUGUACUUUCACAAAAAGCCACAACCGCUAUCAGCUGCAUCACACAACUCGGAAGCGCAAUGUCACCUGAAUGGCUUCUGUCAAAAAGCGGGGACAGUGUCUGAUGUUCUUGCUGAAGAUAUGUCUAAGCUUAGUAUGGAUUGGCCUCAGUGGAGAGAGGAGUGUAAGAAGCUGGAACAGUGGAGGGCACCGCUGCCUUCAAAGUGGAAAGGAGCCUGCUUCAGUGACUCUAAAACCUCAGGACAGGCAGUUCAAACUUGUAGUGACAGGACUCUGCAUACGGCAAAGAUGCCAAUGUCAGACAGCCCUUCCCACCUCACUGAUUUCCUGAGCCAGUCUGGUGGGUUGCUGAUGUCAGAUGUGUCUCUGCAGUCACACGUCUGUGACUUUUGCCAGGCAGUUUUCCCUGGGGACACAACCACCAAAGGAGAGUUCCUGCGACAUCUUCACACCCACAUUACAUAGACAGUGCUACACCCUACAUGUGAAAAAGUUAACCCCUCUGUUGGACAUAACACUGACAUUAUUGAAUUAUAUUCUUGAUAGAAAUGAUAAACAGAAUGUAACUUAAUUUAACAAAUGUCUGCUACUGACGUUAUAUGUAUUUGCAUUUGCAAAAUAUCCAGGUUCUGUAAAGUAAGUAUGUUAAACAUCAACUUCUAUUGGUUUAAUUUUGAAUUGUCUGUCUAUGAGUGUGAUGUUGUGUUAAAAUGUCUACUUUAAGCAGUUUAAAUCAGGCCAAACUGGGGUAUUUCAAAAACUGCAGACUCUUAAAUCAGAAAAUGGUCAAAUCUUGUUUAUAUUUUAUUUUGAGAAAUAUCCUUAUAAUAUAUAUUUAUUAUAGACAAAUAGGGAAGCAGAUACAUUUGGCUCAAUGCAAACACACGUGCACUAAACUAGUCUAAAUCUUAAUCUCUUGCAUCUUUUGGAUGCUUUACUGCCACCUACUGGGUCUAUUUUCACACAACUAGGAUUGUGCUUUCCAUAAAGUGUCUACUACUUACAAAUAGGUGGGAAAUAAUUAAUAUAGUAUUAGAAGACAAUGAUUAACUAACCACAUGCCUAUAUAAAGACCAAGGUAAUACUUUGUAAGAUUCUGUUCUUUUGUUUAAAGGAAGUACAUACCUCACCUAUACAGUAAAUUAAAUAUUAUUUUGUAUAAAAAAUA